ACCCGUCGGCUUCUGGGGCAAAAUCGUUGGUUCGCUAUGUGUGAUAGCUGGUGUACUGACAAUCGCUCUACCCGUACCCGUUAUUGUGAGUAAUUUCAAUUAUUUCUAUCAUCGCGAAACGGAUCAAGAGGAAAUGCAGAGUCAAAACUUCAAUCAUGUUACAAGCUGUUCAUAUAUGCCUGGUCAACAUUAUCGAAAAUCUUCCUUGUCUGAAUCAUCGUCAGAUAUUAUGGAUUUAGAUGAUGGCAUCGGUACACCGGGCCUGACUGAUCAUCCAGGUCGUCAUUUAGCUCCAUUUCUAAGGACUCAGCAGUCAUUCGAAAAACAGCAGCUACAGCUGCAGCUCCAAUCACAACAACAACAGCAACAACAACCUCAACAGAAUGGCAUUCGAGGGUCUAGCAAUUUAAACCAGAGGCACAAUAGUGCCAUGGCGGUCAGUAUUGAAACCGAUGUCUGACUACUGGUAAAAAACGUGGAGCAUAGUAUUAAUUGGCGUCGUGAAAUGUUACGCUGGAUGCCUGAAACAACAUCAAAGGCGGUCUAAGAGAUCGCUCUGUUAUG